UACCUGCCGUAUCCCAUAUAAAGGAAACCUUUGAGCAUGUCCGAACAUCAGUUGAGGUUGACUUUGUUAGCGUCAUGAAGCUGUUUUUGGUUUUCGCAUUCUGCGUUUUGGCGGCCAGCGCCACUGAGCACCAGAUGAAUGGUGAAAAUGGCUGGUAUGUGCCCCAGGCCGAUGGAACCUUUGAGUGGGUAGACAAGGAUGCCGCCGAGUCCUAUCUGGAAGCUCAUGCCGAGCGUGAGCGCAAUCUGUUGAACCCUGUUACCUUCUAUCUGUAUACCAAGUCCAACCAGAACUCACCCCAGGAGAUCAAGGCCAACAAGAACUCCAUCUCCGGAUCCAACUUCAAUCCCAAAAACCCCACCCGCUUCACCAUUCACGGCUGGACCUCCAGUGCCGAUGACUACGUCAACUAUGGCGUUCGCAACGCAUGGUUCACCCGCGGAGACAUGAACAUGAUCACCGUUGACUGGGGACGUGCACGUUCCGUGGAUUAUGCUUCCUCCGUCUUGGCCGUUCCCGGAGUCGGAGAGCAGGUCGCUGAUCUGAUUAACUUCUUGCGCUCCAACUAUGGCAUGUCUCUGGACAACACCAUGAUCAUUGGCCACAGCCUGGGUGCCCAUGUGUCCGGUUUCGCUGGCAAGAACGUCAAGAACGGUCAGGUGAACACCAUCAUCGGUCUGGACCCUGCCCUUCCCCUGUACAGCUACGACUCCCCCAACAAGCGUCUCAACUCCAACGAUGCCUACUACGUUGAAUCCAUCCAGACCAACGGUGGUAUGCUCGGCUUCCUCAAGCCCAUUGGCAAGGGUGCCUUCUACCCCAACGGUGGCAAGUCCCAGCCUGGAUGUGGUGCCGAUUUGACCGGCUCCUGCGCUCACAGCCGUUCCGUGAUUUACUACGCCGAGUCCAUCUCUCAGAACAACUUCCCCACCAUGCGUUGCGGUGACUACGAGCAGGCCGUCUCCAAGAGCUGUGGCAACACCUACAGCUCCGUGAAGAUGGGCGCCCUCACAAAUGCCUACAUGGUUUCUGGAGAUUACUAUGUCCCCGUCAAUGGCCAGUAUCCAUAUGGCUAUGGCAACUAAACUGAAUAUGUUUUUUAAUUAUUAAAAUCAUAUUGCAAAAAAAAAAAAAAAA